ACGCUUUCGGCUUUCCCACGCAAAUCUUCUUUUGAUGGGUAUUGCGUUUUUAUGCGAGAACGAGCGAUUGUUGCCGUGAAUUUCCGUUCGUGAUCGAGUAGGAAGAACACUCGAUUACCUUCAGCUUCGAUUUAGGUUUGGCCUUCGCUGAUUUAUAUGAUGUCGUACUCUAGAAAGUCAAGGUAUUCCCGCUCUCCUUCUUACGAACGAUCGCUUUCAAGAUCCCUGUCAAGGUCGAGGAGCCGUUCGAGGAGUCCUUCAAGCGACGUUGAAAAUCCUGGCAACAAUUUGUACGUCACUGGUCUGUCACCUAGAAUGACAAGAAGAGAACUUGAGAAGCAUUUUUCCGCUGAGGGAACAGUGUUAGAUGUUCAUCUUGUAGCUGAUCCAUGGACCAGAGAAUCUCGUGGAUUUGGAUUCAUUACCAUGUCUAGUAAUGAGGAGGCUGAACGUUGCAUCAAAUAUCUGAAUCGCUCUGUGCUUGAGGGUCGAAUAAUUACUGUGGAGAAGGCACGGAGGCGGAGAGGAAGAACUCCAACUCCAGGGAGAUAUCUUGGACUUAGAACAGUUCGUGUGAGACGCAGAUCACACAGCUACUCUCCUCGGCAUUCCCCCAGUUACUCUCCUUAUAGAAGGAGCUCGAGUCGCUCGUCUCGUUAUUCAUCUGAACGUAGCAGGAGCAGAUCUCAUUCUCCCUACCGCCAUCGAAGAUCAUAUGGUUCUCCAUAUCACCAUAGAUCGUACUCCCCUUAUAGUCGGCGUAGAUAUGAUUCUCCAUAUUAUAGGUGCCAUAGGUCAUAUUCUCGAUCUGGAUCUCGCUCUCCCUAUUGUAGGUCACCUACCAGGCGACAUGACAGGUCGUACUCAUCUUACUACGACUAUUAUUCCCGUGAUGAUUGUUACUACAGAAGGCACAGAUAUCGGUCAGUUUCGAGGAGUGUUUCCCCAAAGGCAAGGAUUUCUGGUAGGGGUUAUUCCCGCAGUUAUUCUCCCAGGCCUAGGAGAACUUUGAGGAGUUACUCCCGCAGCCCAUCCUCUGUUAGGAUUUACUCUCGCAGCCCAUCCCUAGAACUGAGAAGUUAUUCUCGUAGUGUUUCUCCUGAACGAAGCAAGAGAUCAGGGAGCUAUUUGGAAGGAAGGAGCUCAAGGAGUCGCUCUCGCUCUCGCUCUCGCAGCCAUACCUUCAGACGACAUAGCCACAAGGUUUAUGAGAACUCAGGUAAGAGAGAGUAUUCUGGGGSGAGUAGGUCACGAAGUCGAAGUGUGGUUUCAAGAUCUGUUAGUCCUGCUUGAUCGAUCAACUUCACUGGUCUGUACUUACAAUGGGAAUCGAUCAAUUGCAAUUGAUCACUAUAUUCUGGACGACAAUGCAAAACUAUGUGGUGAACUUAGACUUGUAUGUACUGCAGAGGGUUGUUUCUUAAAUUGAUGAGCCAUGGGAAGCGAAGGGAUGCCAUCUAAAAUCAUGUUUAAUGAUUAAUCACGUUUCAUCCUUCAACGGAAAAAAAUUUAUGUGAAAUUGCUGAAAUUCUAGUCUAGAACUUUAUGCCAAUUUACUCUUAUCUGCGUUUCUAGAAAAAUUCCAUAUUAGGUUCCUGUAUCUUGUUUCCCUUGAUGGUGUUGAAAUUGAAUCAAAUUUUGGGAUCCAUCUCAAAUUUAGGAAUGACUA